AUGUUUGGCUCUGUUAGACUUGUGCAAGAAGUGACAAGAUCGAAUCAGCCAGUGACAUCUCCUUCAAGAGACACCGAAUCUCAUCUUGAUUCAUCAAUAGACACGCCAUCUACCAACACGACUAUUACUAUUAUUACAACCACUAAUUCUAAUGAUACCAACACUCAUAAUAAUAAUGAUAAUACAACUAAUACUAAUAUCAGUGAUGACGAUGAUGCAACACAUACAGCCGACAACGAUACCAAGACAUCCAUCACUUCUAAUCCAAAUAAAGAAAAUGGUCAUAUAGCCAUUGACGUACAAAAACAAGAUCAACAAAAGAAGUCCAAAUACCACAGCUCUUUUUUUACAAAACCAUUAAAGACUCCAAGAAUAUUUAAUAAACAUUCCGCGACUUCCUCAGCUUCUUCACCUUCGAAUCCACCAUUGAUCCCUAAAACACACACACGAAGAAAUUCAAAAUACAAUAUACGUCAUCAUAGAGCCAGACAACCUUCGUUUUCAUCUUUACGUAAAUAUCCAUCCAUCAGACCAGAGGAAGAGAGAAACAAGAGGAAAUCGCAAAAACUAUUAUGUCUGUGGCCACUUCCUAUUGUGACAAGAUACAUGAUUUUGAUAGCCUUAUUUGUAUCCACUCUCAACUUUUUAAAUAUCAUUCAUCUCUCAUGCGCUGCACCCUCGUUUGUUAUUUACAGAUCCAGUAUCAAAAGCUUGCUCCUGUCACCCUUUCUGGUGGACUGGACAUUACCCAGUAUAGUCCUAUACGGUUGGAACAUCUUGGUCAUCGGUUUAUUUGAAGAAUCAUUGGCUCAUAUGGUUGGUGGUACACGUCGAUUUGUGCAAUUGUUAAUCACCCUCUUUACUACCGUGUCCGCUCUCAGAAUUGCCCUGGGAUACCUGUUUACUAAAUCCACAGGAUGGGCAGUGCCUUCUUUGUUUUUUAGUAAUGCCAUUCAUGAAUGCAAUCAAGGCCUUGCUCCCUUUCUUUUUGCGCUCGUCGUUGUUCAAUCUCUCAGCAUCAACGACAAAUAUAUCCUGAUUUACGGACAUGAAGAAUCAAACCAUAAAUUGACCGUGCGCAAAGUGACCCUGCAGCUGAUGAUGUCCCUUGUCAAUUACACAAGUAAGAACAUCCUCUGGUGGUCUCUCUCUGGUCUUCUCACUGGCUUCAUCAUCACUGUAAUUCUUCAAGCCUUUCUGGCAUUUGAGAAGCGUGAAGAUUCUGGCAAGGUCAAGGACAUGACCGAGUUUAUCACGCUCGAGCAUUACCGACGUACGCCUCUCUGGCGUCUUAUUCUCUCGGCCAUCAAGAAGUGUGCAUUGGUCGUGACUAUUACAGUACCUAUUCUCAUGGCCUGGAAUGCAUAUUACACACGUGAAGUGAAGGUGACACCCGCUGAAUUAAACACGGUAUCCCAGGACAGGUAUUUGUUCACCUUUGUGUUCAUGACAGCACCUCGUCGUGGUGAUCCCGCUUACCUCACCAGGACGCUCGAGUCUUACUUGGCCAACUGGCCAGAGAAUCCGCCUGCUCAUUCUCCCUAUCACCGUAUGCAGGCCAUCGUCUAUACUCACUUUUCAAAUCACUCUCAAUUUGACGUCGCCAAGGCUCAUUUCUCAGAUACAGUCAAGGGUCAAAAGUAUCUCAAAUGGAUUCGUGAAGAAGGAAACGAGCUCAACCAACGGCUUCAUGUCUCCAAGGCGCUUACCUUGGCCACAGAUAGAUUCGAAAGCACCUAUUAUGCACUUAUGGAAGACGAUUUCCCUGUUUGUGGACCUCGCGAGUGGCAUGAAAUUGAAAAAGUGAUCUAUACAGCACAAAAGAUGGCUCCCAAUCAUUGUGGUAUUUUUGUAGGCACAGGUGGAAGUGGUCUAUUUCUUAAACCAGAGUUAGCUCGUUUGACAUCUCAGCUGUUGUUGAAAUACGCACAUAUGCCACCAGAUAUCAUCAUUCAGCAAUGUCUUUUGGGUCAUUUACCAGAGUGCUCUGCUUGUGCUGAUUCAUUGGUGACAAGCAAAACUUUAUUGAUGUAUCAUAUUGGCUAUAAUACCUCUACAAGUGAGGACCGAGUUUAUAAAAAGAAUGAAUUUCAAUGUGGAUGGCGUCACCCAUUUAAUGGUGAUCCAAGUGUUAUUACUUUAUAA